GAACUGAUAAGAGAAAAUAAAAACAGAACUUGUUAAAUACAUAUGUUCUUCACGAGCGUUUCAGUUACAGUUAAAAGCUCAAAGACUAAAGAACGUUGUAUUAAAUAUUUACAAAUUAUUAAAAGUUUUUCUGAUAAAUAAAUAAAUCACAAUGGAUCACACCUGGGUUGCCACAAAUGUUUAUGAAGAUUUACCACCAUUCGCCAUUCAUGCCGGUCAUGAUUCUGAUGGUGAUCCCAUUUAUGUUGGACGUGCUUACCACAAUGGUGACAUGUUGCCCGCCAAAGUAGUGCCAAAUAAGAAACAAGCCUAUGUAGCCUGGGGUGGUGAGGAAAUCAACAAACAUGAUGUGGAAAUUUUAACAGGUCAUCAUUAUGUUUGGAUUCCCAGCAGUGGUGGCAGUGUACCACCCCAUGCCUUACAGGUGGGUUCAACUAGUGAUGGUGAGCCCUUGUAUGUGGGUCGCGGUCAUUGGUGCGGCAGUUUGACUCCCGGUAAAAUUCAUCCCUCUCAUGGUUGUUUGUAUAUUCCCUAUGGUGGUGGUGAACACAAAAUCGAACACUAUGAAGUCUUGGUACAACCAGAAACUUGGGUUUCCUCUUCGGGUAGUAAUAUUGUACCUGGUACUAUUAUUGCUGGCAAUGAUGCUGAUGGUGAUCCAAUUUAUGUCGGUCGUGCCUAUCACGAUGGUGACUUAUUGCCCGCCAAGGUUGUACCCAAUAAGGGUUGCGCCUAUGUAGCCUAUGGCGGUCAAGAACAUUGCAAAUAUGAUUUCGAACUCUUAGCUGGUUACGGUUAUGGUUGGGUACCCGACAGCAAUGGCAGUGUACCACCUGGUGCUAUUGUUUGCGGUCGCACUGCCGAUGGUGAGCCCUUGUACAUUGGUCGCGGUCAUUGGUGUGGUAGUUUGACUCCCGGUAAAAUCCAUCCCUCUCAUGGCUGUUUGUAUAUACCUUUUGGUGGUCAAGAGGUGCGCAUUCAUGACUAUGAAGUAUUAGUCAGAGCCUAAGUGUUUUCUUUUUAUUAAUGAAUAUUUGUGUUUUUUUGUUUACCCAAGUAAUUUAAUUUUAUUUAAAUAUAAUGUAUUAAUAAUAA